AUGGACGAAGACUUUGAUAUUCCCCAAGCUGAAGAAAUGAACGAUGAUUUCGAUCUCGUCGAAGACAAAGUAGGUGAAGAGAGACAAAUCGGCGAUCGUGGCCUCAAGAAGAAGCUUCUCAAGGAAGGUGAAGGAUGGGACACUCCCGAAGUCGGAGACGAAGUUCAAGUUCACUACACGGGAACUUUGGUUGAUGGAACUAAGUUUGAUUCAAGUCUUGAUAGAGAUUCUCCUUUCAGCUUCACGCUUGGACUAGGGAAAGUAAUUCAAGGAUGGGAUGAAGGUAUUAAAACCAUGAAGAAAGGUGAAAAAGCACUCUUCACCAUCCCACCUGAGCUAGCUUAUGGUGAAUCUGGUUCACCUCCAACAAUUCCUCCUAAUGCGACACUCCAAUUUGAAAUUGAGCUGUUGUCUUGGACGAGCGUGAAGGACAUAUGUAAAGAUGGCGUUUUAUUUAAGGGGAUACUUAGUGAAGGGGAGAAAUGGGAGAACCCCAAGGAUCCUGAUGAAGUAUUGGUUAAGUAUGAGGUUCGUCUGGAGGAUGGAAAGGUUGUAGCAAAGUCAGAUGGAGCGGAGUUCACUGUCAGUGAGGGUCAUUAUUGCCCUGCAUUCUCAAAGGCCGUUAAAACCAUGAAAAAGGGAGAGAAAGUGAUUUUAUUAGUAAAGCCUCAAUAUGGAUUUUGCGAGAAGGGGAAACCUGCACACGGUGAUGAAGGUGCAAUUCCGCCUAAUGCAUCACUACAGAUUACACUUGAGUUGGUGUCUUGGAAGACUGUUUCAGAUGUGACUAGCGACAAGAAGGUUAUAAAGAAGAUCCUCAAGGAAGGGGAAGGAUAUUAUCGUCCGAUACAAGGACUAAGAUGA